UAGAGACGUGUUAUUUUCAAUUCUCCUUAGAAUCAGCUUUCAGUCUGGGAAUACCAGUACCUACCGCAGGAGUAAAAACAAGGAUGACUGACUAAAUACAAUGAUGGAAUUCGAAGAACAAAAGAAAAAGGCAGAGGCAAGUGGAGGCCCUUCUUUGCUUGUUGGUUAUGACAAGCUGUUGUACAUGUCUGAGUUGCAAGCUGUGCCUGGUGAUGAUGAGUAUGGAAAUCAAGACCUCGAUGCCAAAUUUACCAAAUUUGCUCAUCUUAAAACUGAACACAUAAAAAGACUGAAGAGAGAGGUCAUUGAAAUAUUAAGUUCAUGUGAGGGAAACUGCUUAAAGCUCUCCCAGUUUAAAAGCAGGUACCGCAAGUGGUUUGGAAAAAAAUUCAAUGAAUGUUAUAGGUUGUCAGGUGGAAGAGAGGAAUUCUGCAAUCUCAUGGCUGAGUUAGAUAUCAUUGAACUUGACCAAAAUGGUUCAAGACCUCUCAUAAAACUUAAAGAACAACAUGUGAGUCAGCAUAUGAGUUUUAAUAUAGCUGGAUCUGAGCAUAGUUGUGCUACUGACGUGGAGACAAGAGAGACCAGGAGACCAAAGUUUGUGAAAAGAAGAGAGACUGUGGCACCAACGUUCCAGAGCCAAAACACCAGCCUUGAUGCCAUUGAUCUCUCUGAAAAGUUAAUAAGAUUGAAGAAAGACAUUGUGGAUAUGUUGAGGUCCUGUGAGAGGAACUGCUUGUAUCUCUCCCAGCUUCAGGAAGAGUAUGGGAAAACAUUUCAAAAAGGGUUUUUUACCACCCACAAAGUGCUGUUGAAAGGAAAAUGUCUCUCACAAUUCUUAAGAGAGUUAGACAUCAUUGAAAUAAUAGAAGAUAAAGGUGAAAAAGGUGCCAGGAACUAUUUGAUGAAGCUGAAAGAACCACAUGCAAGCCAGUUUAUGCUGAACAUGGGUUUUGACAAUGAAGAAAAACCCAGUUCAUUGAAGAAAAAAGAUCCUGAGAGUGUAGAGAAUAGAAAAGGGCUCAUGUCCCAAAACAUUGGAAUUGAUUGUGGUUAUUUCCCUGAGAAGUUGACAAUGUUGAAGAAAGAUAUUGUAAAUUUACUAAAGUCUUGUAAGGGAAAUUGCUUGUAUCUCUCAGAACUUCCUGAUAAGUAUUGGCAAACAUUCAGAAGAAAAUUCCAUGGUACCUUCAGAGUACUGUUCCAAGGAAAAGGUCUGGUGCAAUUCUUAUCAGAAUUAGAUAUCAUCAAAUUAGAACAUACCAGUGAAAAAGGUGUGAAGAAAUAUCAAUUAAAGCUGAAAGAACUGCAUGCAAACCUGUCCAUGCAGAGAACAAGUUUGAACACAGCAGAAGAACUUGAUUCCUGUUCUAAUUUUGGGUAUCAGCAGGAUGAAUUUGAUUCCAAAGUACCAACCAAAUCACUAAGACCAGCCUCUCUAGCAGAUGAUUUGGCAGUUGCUGCUGGCCCAAUUAUUGCCAGAGUGCCUACUGUCCCACCAGCUCCUUUGGAUCAAAAUGUUUUGGAUUCAAGAGUUCAAUCUCCAGCCCCUGCAACUACCUUCCAGGCUUCUCCUCCUUUGGUUUUGUCAACAUCUUUAAUACAAGUUCCUAGUCAUGCAGUCAAUAUACCUGAAGGUAUGUGAAAGAUAUGGAAUUUAUAUUAUGAGGAAACAGGAGAAAUAGAUUGGAAAGAAUAUCUCAUGAAUGAGGUAAUUGAAUGAGUGGGAUAUUGCUCUUGGAAUCUGAACUUAAAUCCACCAUGUAAAAUCAUCAAUUUCUAGCAUAUUGGUCAAAAUUACUAUAAUUACUAUUGUUCUUUCAACUUGAACAUGAAAGUCAUAUAUCUUCUCGCCAGUGUGUAAUAUCCUUUAACUAUUACAUAGAGGGCAAAAUUACUGAAUGCUGAUUGGCUGAAACAUAGGGCUUUUUUUUUGAAAAAAAAAAAGGUCGAAAAGAACCUCACCAGAAAUAUUGUAUCAUGCUUACCCACAACAGUUUCUGCAAUCAUCACCCAAAUAUUUUACGUAAUAAUCAUGUAAUUUAUUGUAGUUGUAUUCUUUCAUCAAGGGUCUGGUCCAACAACAACCGCCAAUACAGCUCCUGCAAAGGCUGAACCCUUCAACGCUGAGCAAGUGGAUCAGGAAGUGAAAAGCAAACAUAUGCUACUUACCGGAAGUACUCCUCAAGCGAUACCAGUCGUUCCCAGUUUAAUGGAAAACAAAAGUUUUCACGCUCAGUUGGAUCAAAAUUGUCCACGAAUCCAAGGCAUUUGUCUUGAUGCCGAUGAGAUCUCAGAAACUUUAACAAAUCUGAAGCAAGAUGUUAUCGAAAUUUUACGUUCUUGUGAGGGAAAUUGCUUGUUUCUCGACAAAUUCAAGUUAACAUACGAGAAUCGGUUUGGGAAGAGAUUCCUUAACUGCUAUCCAUGGGUAAAAGGAAAAAAAAAAGUCUUUCGUGAUCUUAUGGCAGGGUUAGAUAUCAUUGACCUUGAACAAUUAACAUCGGCUACGAAAGGUCCUAAAAAGUUUAUGAUGAGGCUGAAAGAACCACAUGCAAGCCAGUUCAUGAUGAGAAUGAGGUUAAAAACCUCAAGUGAGGUUGGUCCUUGCAUUUAUGAAGCUGGUCAUCAACUGGAAAUGUUUGAUUCCAAAGUUCCGUCAAAGUCGUAUACAUCUCUCACUGGGGGGGAAAACUCAGCAGCUGCCGUAAGUCCAGAUGUUGCACGUGUCCCACUUGUCCCAUCUCAUUUGGAUUUCAGCGACAAAUCACCAUCAUUGCCGCUACUAAAUACCGAAGCCAGCACAGACGGAAAGGUAGACUCACUCUCUGUCCCUGUUGGAAUAAACCAAGACGCUAGCCAACGAGAAGGAGAGAAACAAGGUGUUGCUGCCGGUGUUACUAAUCUGAUGACUGUCCCUCUUCCCUCUUCAGGGUCUGGUCCAACAACAACCGCUAAUACAGCUCCUGCAAAGGCUGAACCGUCCAAUGCUGAGCGAGUGGAUCAGGAAGUGAAAAGCAAACAUAUGCUCCCUACCGAAAGUCCUCCUCAAGCGAUACCAGUCAUCCCCAGUUUAAUGGAAAACAAAAGUUUUCACACUCCGUUGGAUCAAAAUUGUCCACGAAUCCAAGGCAUUUGUCUUGAUGCCGAUGAGGACUUAGAAACUUUAACAAAUCUGAAGCGAGAUGUUAUCCAAAUUUUACGUUCUUGUGAGGGAAAUUGCUUGUUUCUCGACAAAUUCAAGUUAACAUAUGAGAAUCGGUUUGGGAAGAGAUUCCUUAACUGCUAUCCAUGGUUAGAAGGAAAAAGAAAGGUCUUUCGCAAUCUUUUGGCAGGGUUAGAUAUCAUCGACUUUGAACAAUUAACAUCGGCUACGAAAGGUCCUAAAAAGUUUAUAAUGAGGCUGAAAGAACCACAUGCAAGCCAGUUCAUGAUGAGAAUGAAGUUAAAAACCUCAAGUGAGGUUGGUCCUUGCAUUUAUGAAGCUGGUCAUCAACUGGAAAUGUUUAACUCCAAAGUUCCGUCAAAGUCGUAUGAAUCACUUACUGAGGGAAAAAACUCAGCAGCUGCCGUAAGUCCAGAUGUUGCACGUGUCCCACUUGUCCCAUCUCAUUUGGAUUUCAGCGACAAAUCACCAUCAUUGCCGCUACUAAAUACCGAAGCCAGCACAGACGGAAAGGUAGACCCACUAUCUGUCCCUGUUGGAAUAAACCUGGAGGCUAGCCAACGAGAAGGAGAGAAACAAGGUGUUGCUACCGGUGUUACUAAUCUGAUGACUGUCCCUCUUCCCUCUUCAGGCAAAGAACCUGAACUGAAAAUACCAACAGAUGUAGAGGUUAAACCAGAACUACUUCCUUCUGAAAAAACACGAAUUCGAGAAGUUGGUACGCCGGAUCCUUUUCAGAAUUCAAUCUGUAAGGCCCAUCAUGUGAUGAAUACCAUAACGGGCGGCGCAAAAUCAGCUGUGGGGGAUGCUUCUUCACAUGAAGUAAACAAGGCCGCGGAAGAGAUCAUCACCUCUUUGUCGGAGGAAGGUCGCUUUGUUGGCCUCGAAGAAGUAAAAGCCAGGCUCUGUAAAGAUUUUGGAAAAUCAAGUCUUAUUGAAAUGGGGUUCAAAACAGACAAGGAUAUCCCAGCUCUGAAGAACUUGAUUGAAAUGCAGGCCAAAGUUAACUUAUUCGUCCAUGCUUACGUCACAUUCAACAGUAUAGCAACCUUGUACGAAUUAAACCAAAGCCUUGCCGACUUGGGUUCCAAAUCAGACUUCGAAGAGCUCCGACUGGGCCCUCUAAUAAAACAACCCGUGGUGUAUAACAUGUUUAAAGCGCCCCAGAGUCUUACCGCUAUACCUCAAGUGACGACAGUUCAAAUUAUCAAGCACUUGAACAAGUACAUGUCAAAGAUGAAAGGAACGCUAUAUUUAGAGAAAUUCCUGGAGUAUCUUUGUGAGCAGUAUCAUUGUUACACUCCUUACGAGCUGGGAGUCAGAAUACAAAGCCUUGGACUGGCUGUUGUGAUGCUUAAAAAAGUGAAACAUUCCAAGACCGAGAGGUGGGGAGCUAUCAGAGAAGAAAUGUCGAUCGAGAUGGAGGAAGAAAUUCAAAGAUGCUUGCGUAAAAUCAAGAGAGACCUUCUCGGGCAAGAACUUGGUGAUUUAAGGAGCUGUGUUAUGAAAUUUUUUGACAAAUCUCCGACGGAUGUACUGAAGGCGGUAUUCGAGUGUUGCUUGGAAAUGUUUGACGAAAAUCGUCAGGGAAAGGUAACGACCUUUCUGACCAUGCUUACCAAGCACAAACUUGGGAGGCAAUUGUUUCAGCUGGCGCUGUGUGCUAGUUGUAAGCCCUUACUGGGAGAGGCUAUGGAAGAACUGGUUAACAUUAAGAUCAACACAGAAGUUGCCAACCGUAAAGCAAAUCACGAGAAAACGAGGACAAGGCCUGUCCCACCCAGUGAAGGCGCCGUUGUCUGUGAAGUGCAGGAGUGGAUUAAGUGUGCCGAAAGUGUUGACCUAACGACGCUGGCAAGAAUUGAGGCGAAUGUCGUGAACAAAUUCCCAGGAUUUACCGGCUUUGAAGAAUUUGGUUAUGGCUCUUUUCUGAAGUUUUUAACGAAACACAAGAAACUAAAGAAAGCCACGGAAGAGGUUGGCGGAAUGGCCCAGUCUAGAAGAGAAGGAGCAAGGAUUGGUUGUCAAGUGCCGCUUAAUAGUGUCUUGGAUUUUAUAUCUCAAUGUGGAACUCAAACCUUUACCGAGUGUAUUGAACGUGAAUUGUGCGGUUACUACAAUGUUAACAAAGUGACGGAUCUCGGAUUUGGUUCUUUUUCGUGCCUACUGAAAAAAGCUGCGGAGCCAAGAGUGAAAACUCUAACGACAGUUUACGAAGUCGCUCUCCUGUGUCACGGCGCUGGCGCUUUCGACGAAGAUAGCGCCAGCUUUAGUACUCGCAGUGCUCUAGGCUAUAAGAGCAAACAGGAAGCUUUAGAUGCCAUACAAAGCACUCCGCUCCUCGAGGAUGUUUCCCUCUGGACUCACUGGGAUGAUGUAUUCGGCGGCGAAGUGUCUAAACUUGGCGACUUGAAGUCAUUUUUGGAAAAUGAAGGAAUUUUAUGGAGUGCUGAAAAGCCAUUGUCAGAGGGCCACAAUUCCUUAGUCGUCAUGGAAACUAAUCCUGGUGUACUCCUUAGAGUAACUACCCACACGUCCACAGAAAUAUUCAGGAAAUGUUUAUUGUGUGGGGAUGUGAUUGGAGCAGCUGGCCAUUUGGUUUCCAUAGUUAUAGUGAAUGGUGGUGUGGCUAACACUCCUGUCGCUCUUUUAGCCAAUUACGUGUAUUCCUCUUUGGCAUCGAUGGGUACUGACGAUGAGGGGGACUGUGAUCAACGUCCAACCUUUGUUCUUGAAUGUCUGAAUCGUAUGCCUCUCAGAUUGGCUCAGGCAAUUGGGAAAAAGGUUUUUCUUGAGCCUUUCACAAAGUUGGUUGGUUCAACAAGAGCGGCGUCGCUGCUGCUUUCAAGCUGUUCAACUCAGUCGCAACGUAACCGUCUUCACCAGCUGGGAUUUGCCUUUAGCAUAAGUCAGUGGAUAGAGGACUUCCAGGAAAGAGUUUCUCAUGACAAAGGGGACAGCGAGGGUGUCCUCUUUAAUGAGCACUACAAUGACGAAAGCAAGAGAUUGAUCACAGCUGUUAGGCCCGUGGCAUCUUCUAUCUCAUUGGUGUCGCAACAAGCGGAAACCACUGCUAACCUUAAAACAAUCUUCCCACAAGCAUGCAGUUUUGAUGAAAAGGAUGGGGACGAAGCAGCAACUUCAGACACUAAGGGUGGAUUGUCAGCAUUACCAUCAGGACCAUGCACACCUAACAGGGAAUGCAGGGCAAUAAUUGAACAAAUUCGCCGUGAGGAUUUUGGAAUCGGUUUAGAGCUUGGAAAAGAGGAAGCCAAACUUGUUCAGCGACACCGCGAGAGAGAGGGUCGUGGCUUACACCGUCUUUCCUCCGAUCUUUACACCAGGGACACCCACUUUUUGUUGGAGCUCGUUCAGAAUGCAGACGAUAAUUCCUAUCCUGAAGUGUGCUGUGGCCCAGGAUUCCCGACCCUUGUAUUCGUCCUCGAGCGGGACAGGAUCGUGAUAUUGAACAACGAAGUUGGAUUUGUUGAGAAGAAUAUACGCGCGUUGUGUGAUGUUGGCAGAAGUACCAAAGGGGCGUAUCGCUAUGGAUACAUCGGACAAAAAGGCAUCGGGUUCAAGUCUGUAUUCCGAGUUAGUGAUAGCCCUGAAGUUCACUCCAAUGGAUAUCAUAUUCGCUUUGACGCCAAAAGUGGUCCUAUUGGUCAUAUUCUCCCUGAGUGGAUUGGAGACAAUUUUUCAGUGAAACCAAAUGGUGAGCAUAUCAAAGAAGGAACGAAAGUCAUGGAAAAGAUGGAUAAAGAUGGUGAAUUGAGCAACAUUGGCGAAAGCAUGAACAGCUGGCCAACCUGUAUCAUUCUUCCAUUAAAAGAUGAACAUAAAGGGAACAAAAAGUCUUCACUCGUUGCCGGAUUUCACGAUGUCCACCCAUCUUUAUUGCUGUUCUUACAUCGUUUGAAGGGAAUCUUUAUAUACGACGAGGUAAACAAGAGUUUUGUUAAAAUGCUAAGAAGAGACCUAGGAGAUAAUGUCAUGGAGGUUCUCCACAACACAGGCACAGAGCGCUGGCUUGUAGUCAAGAAACAGCUUGAGGCUGCUAGAAUGAAAGCAGACGUAGAGAUAACUGAGUUGGCACUGGCUUUUCCAUUGACUGGUGAAUCAGGCAACACAUCAAGACAUCAGGCAUUGCCGCCACAGAAUGUCUUUGCGUAUCUUCCACUCAGAAGCUAUGGUUUUCGAUUCAUCAUUCAAGGUGACUUUGAGGUUCCUUCGUCAAGAGAAGAUGUGCACAGUGACAAAUCCUGGAAUCAGUGGCUGAGAGAGGAAAUUCCACAACUUUUUAUCGACGCUAUGUCGGUAUUUAUGGACCACUCGUCUUUUUGUGGCCUUUCUUCAUUGGUGUCGUAUUUUAAAUUUGUACCUCUUGAGGAGGAAAUUCUCGACUUUUUUACACCUGUUGCUCGCCAUAUCUUAACACUCCUUCAAGGGAAACCUUGUAUCCCAGUUAAGAGGUCCAGCAAUGAAACUGAGCAGCCGUACGGAGGUGACAAUGGAAAAAGCUGCGAUUUGGUUCUCCCUUGUCAGGCCAUUGUCUGUGAAGACAGCGUCAUACAAGAGCUUAUACCCUCUAUUCUUCUGGAGGAGCACCUAGGAUUGAGUUACCUUCAUCCGGAAAUGGUUCCAGUACUAAACCCAACCUUGAGAUCUCGUCUUGGAAUCGAGACUUUGUCUAUAAAGCACUUGAUUGAGAUUGGGAAAGCGGAAGUAAAGAAAGCUUCAGCAGUAACACCGCAUAGCAAUGACCGUAAACCGGAUGUUGGGAGAAUAGCCUGGGUAGCUCGAUGGUUGCAGUGCAUGUACCGAUGUCUCGAGCAGGAAAGAAAUAGCAGUCAAGAAAUGCUAGAUUUGAUUGGUUCUCUUAACGUGAUUCCGCUAACGGAUGGAUCUUUCGUGAACGUGAAGGAGGAUUCCAUUUUCUUUCCGCUGUCGAGGAAAAAAACAUCCGAGGGAGCUGUGCCAAAGAAGAACAAAGGUUUCGUGCAUCAGGAGAAAACAAUUUUCUCCGUGCUGGAGAAAGACCUACCAACAGUGCAUCCAUCACUGUUAUCUGCACUUGAUGAUAUUGGUCGUUCUCAAGUCGAGCAGCUUUUAAGGCGUCUAGGAGUAAAAAUGUGGACUCCAAAAGAAGUCAUUAACAAUCACAUUAUCCCAGUGUUCAAGUCAAAGCAGUGGAAGUGUAAGUCUGAUGAAGUAUUGAGAAGCUACCUAGUGUGCAUUUUGGAAGAGCGCCUGAACGACCCUUCUGUGUGUGAUAUGGAUGAAUUGAGAUCCUGUGUACAGAUUUUAACGAACAAGGGUACUCUGAACCCAAAAUCAACGCCGAUUCAUUUUACCCCCAAAUACGGGGGCCCAAUUGACCUCGCUCGGCAGUUUCCCAGUAUUUCGUGGACAAUUAUUGACGAAUCUUACUUGGACUAUCGUACUUCAUUGAGGGUUCGCACCAUGGAUUGGAAAACUUUUUUAGACGACCUUGGCUUAAAACAGUUUCUUGCUAUUGAAAAGAAACAAGUAAAGCUUCAUCGAAAAAACAUGGCUUGCUCUCCGUGGGAGUCGUAUGAGCGAAUUUGGCAGACAACCCCAGAUGAUCUUUUCAUCAUUGACGACUGGGCGUGUGAAGAAUUUGAGGAAUUUCUCAGUAAGAUUAACUCCUCCGACACUAAACAACAAGUCGUCAGCAAUGAGUCAAAGUUCUUAGCUCAGUGUAUUGAUGCACGUUGGGAUCACACGUACGCACAGUUUGCUGAGGGCUAUGUACAAGUUAAAGAUGUAAAUGGCCAUGUUCUCGGAGAGGCUAAAUCUUCAUUUUACCUCAAUCUUGUCUCGAAACCGUGGAUGCCCUCUACAGUUGAAGGGACGAACCUGUAUCUUCCAAGCGACCUCUUCGUGAAGGCUGACGCUGUAUAUCACCUACUCGGGGAUCACGUGAAUUACGUUAGCGCAGAUUUAAAGAGCCCCUCGUUUGUUAGCGCCUUAGGCAUCAGAAAAUCGAUUGGCGUAGAUGGGAUGAUCAAUGAGUUGAGGAGGUGGUCAGAUGGUUGCGACAAAAAGAUGGAUAGAAAUCGACGAAAAGACUUCAAAACUUCUAUUGCACAUAUGAGCAGAGUUUACUCUUUCCUCUCUGAGAAAAUGUCGCAAAGUGAUGAAGAAAGGAAGAAAAUAACUGAGGCUUUUCUGCAGAACGCGCUGAUAUUCGUUCCUCAUCGCGAUCGCCAUUUAGAGUUUCUCCCAAGCCGGCCAGAAUGCAAAGUAUCAGGAUCAUUUCUUUUGAAGAAAGAAGUGUGCUGGAGUGACCCGACAGAUAUAUCCCUGAAACUGUUUAAGGAGCACGGCAAGGUUCCCAUAAGACGCCUACUAGGGUGUUUCUAUGCAUGUAGUGGCCCCAAUCAGAGUCUUGGAGGUUUUUUUGUGGAUCAAAUGGACGUGGACCUUACCCCCAAUGUGGACGAGUACAUCGAAAUGGCGACGACUGUUGCUGACGCUGCUGGUUUUCCAACUUCUUCGUCUUUGAGCGAUAUGUUAAAAAUCUUUGCAACUUUGGGACGCAAGUGUGUUUCGCUAAGCCUCAAAAACAGCACACAGGUUGAAGAGAAAAUCGAUGAAAAUAUGGCCGCUUUUGUGAAAAAAUCUCUGCAAGGUGAACGCAUCUUUCCUACAUCUGACAAAUGGGUGGCACUUUCGGAUCAACCGCUGAUAGCUGACGAUAAAGCUAUGGUGAAGAUUUUUCAUAAGGAAAAAUCUGUCUACUUCCUGGACCUCGGAGACUUCUUUCAACCGCAAAAACGUGGCUCGACUAGUCGUGCAUUUGAACAUCAAUUCGAUAGAGACAAGAUGGAGCACUUUGUUUCUUUAUUCUUGAUGAUCUGUGAAGUAAAAGCGUUAAGUGGGUGCAUAAAGAAAGAGUUGGUUCCCAUUGGUUCAGUGAAGUACCAGUGUACUCCCGUGCAGAAGUUCUUUCACCAAAACAUUCCAUACGUGCAACGUUUCCUAUACUCAAAAUACCCAUCUGCAUAUGAUAAACUGAAAAAUGAAGGCUUCGCAGAGAAACUGCUACACAUGCAGUUCGCUUCUGUUCAGAGCCUGGAAACUUUGUACUCGUUAACCACGCAUUCCAACGUAGCCACGCCCCUUAAAGUAAGAUCGGGCAUACAGGAAUUAGGAAUCACGUCCUGUUUUUUCGUUGUGCAAGAACAUCAAGAGCGUGCAGAUGUUUUAAAUGCUGAGAUGGCUAAACUGUUGUUAGGAGGAAAAAAGGAGGGCUCCUCAGAAUUAACCAACUUUCUAGUUGCAGUGAAAACUCACAGCGGGGAUAAUUUCGAAGGGUUUUUGGAAGACGUGCAAGGGUUGGAACCAUUACCGGAACGAGAAGAGCGAUGGAGUGUUCCACCUCCAAAGGAACCCGAAAAGGAUGAAAACGAAAGAAGUGCUACAAAUGAAGAUGUUCCUUCCCUUGACAAAACCCAAGCCCAAUCUAGGUCAGGUAACGAUAGUCUUCGUUCCUGGCCACCAAAAUCUUCUCGUCAUUAUGGUAAGUCGUGUAAACGUAGAGGAGAAACCAGAAGUGACCCCAAGUUCAAGAUUUGGCCUGUGCCAGCGCCCCCUGAAUCUGUAGAUAAACUUCCGAAAAGCUCACAAGUGUCAAGAAAGCCACGGGAGAGAGAUGAAACGAAGACAGAGCACGAACAUCCUGCUGAAGUCAAUCCAAUCCAACACCAAACUCCAAACGAUAACCACCGGCCAGCUGAGACAAUGGUUGAGGGUGCUGAGGUAAAUGAAUCACAGCUUAAUAUUACUGAGGCAGGAGACGAUUUUUGUCCCAGAGGCAAGAAGAGCCAUAUCCAUAUCCACCCCUCUCCGCAUCAAAUGCCCUCACCUGGAGAAAAGUCUGCAGUCACCAUCCCAGAAGAUCUAACCAGACACGCUUCUUCCAGAGGCGCGCGUUUCUGGUUUGAUAAAGGUCCAUAUGACUUCGACGACGAAGAUCUUCCCAUCAAUGACAAAAUGAGAACCAUGCACGUACUUCCGUUGAUGGAGAACCCUAAUAGAGAAGAAAUAGGCCGAUGGGGGGAAGAAUAUGUUUUUGAGUUUCUUCAGGAGCAAGCGCGAUGUGACCUUUCUGGUUCAGUGGAAAUUGUCUGGAUUAACGAAAAAGGAAACACAACUGCGCCUUACGACAUCGAGAUUCGACGUAAUGGUGUCAGAGGAGGCGACGAUCGCCGCCCAGUAUUAACAUAUGUUGAAGUGAAGACAACGUCCUCUGACCAAAAGGAUAUCUUUGAACUGUCGGUUCAGCAACUUCAAUUCGCGCGUGCUCACCAGGAUGCAUUUCAUCUUUAUCGUGUUUUUAACGCAGGCAAACCUAAAAACGUGCGAAUUCGUCGUCUUCAAAACCUUGCUGAGCACAUAGAAAAGAAGGCUGUAAAACUUUGUCUGGUUAUCUGAAUUUUAAAUUUUAUAAUCGCGUUUAUAUUAACAGUUAAGCAAGUGAUAACUUAAAGUUCAGUUGAUUUUUGUAGUUAUAAAACUAGUUCGAAAAGUCUUUUGGAUCGAUAGCACAGAAAUUAGAUGCUUCUUUAAGAACGUCUUAAGAGCAAUGAUAGAUUCUCUUCGACGUAUUUUCAAACAUUUUGAUCUAUGACAACCCUAAGAAAAACAAGUUAAGCGUGGUUCUGUUUGUAAGAAAAGACCGAACAAAAAAAGAUAGGCUUCUU